UGGGUGGCCAGUGGAAACCAUUAUCAGUUGAUACUACUUGUUCUAGGGUUGCGGCGGCGAUUACCACAGUUGGGGGCUGGCCGCGGAUUGGAGUUGGGGGCGUACCGCUUGUGGACCUUCCUGAGCGCUCCUUCGUGCAGGCGGUGAUGGCGGGGCGCGGAGAUGGUAGAGGCGACUGGCGGGGUGGUCGCCAUGGCGGAUUUGGUGGAGGUGGAGGGGGUUGGGACCCUGGUUAUACUCAGAAUAACUAGAGUGGCUGGCAAGGGCAGCCUGUUCAGACCUCCGCCUGUGCAUCAGGGUGCGCCACCGCCGGAUCAGGUACCCCCGUAUGAUCCCUAUGCUCAGUCUGGGAGAGGGUUUGCAAAUUGGGAACCGAGGAAUCAGGCUGGGGGCAGUACAUGGGGCAGUUGGGUCAGAAUAUGGGUGGAUUUCCUCCCCCAAAUCAGGAAAAAUUCAAUUUCGGUCCGCGUGGGAGCUUCCAAGGGGAUGGACAUGGCGGAUCUGGUGGUGGUAGACCGUUGUCUGGUGGAGGGGUUGCUGUUGAUGCACCGGGUGGGGCGGUUCAGAGAGGAGAUGCGAGUAGCAGCGCCCAAGGGUCUGUACAGUCUGGGUCGGUGGCCAAUCGGCAAGCACAAGCCUCGCCUGCUUCUUCUGAGGGUGCUAGAACUACUGAACAGAUAGAUGUUGUGGUCAAGCUCUGCUAUAAGUGUGAUCAAGUUGGCCAUGUAAUCAAAGACUGCAAGAUUCUUCUCUUCUGUGAUGUUUGUGGUAAAGACUCUCAUCUGACUUCCAAAUGUGUGCUGCCUAUGCAACCAAAAGCUACUGCUCAAUUGGUUGGAAGUGCAGCAGAUGGUCUUCAAAUGUUUGUUUCUGUUUGGGUGAAACUUUCUGGUAUACCUGAUUCCUUGAUGCAUUACCAAGGUUUUUGUAUGGCUGGUUCAAUAUCAGGGACAAUGCAAGAAGUAGAUAUGGUCAGCUUUAGGAAACAUGAUGUGGUGAGGGUGAGAGUAGGAGUGAUGGAUCAUUUAAGGAUUCCUGAUUGGGGGCCUCUGACUAUUGAUCCUUUCAUCUAUAGGAUUUAUUUUCAGCUGGAAUCUGUGGUUGAGAUAGGGGUACCUUUAAUUGGUGGAGUUGUGGUUAAAGUCAAUCCUAUGCAAAGUAAACAUGCAACUGAACAUGAUGGAGUUGGGGGCAAAAAAAGAUUUAAGGACAACCAGGGUAGCAAGCAUGAUACUGACCCAGCUCAUGAGAUUAAUGAUGAGGAAAUGGCUGCUUCCAGUCAACCUAACAUGGCUGAUUUAGCUCUCUCUGAUGGAAGGAAUGGUAGGAAUGAUUUACAGCUUACUAGAGCUGACAUUAGUGAUAAAGUUUCUGCUAUUUCUCAGGUCAAUCUCAGUUUUGCUAAAGAAACUGAACAACUGGAUAACUUGGAAUGUUCUGAUGAUGAAUCUGAUCCUAAAAGCCCAACUCAGUUUGCUAGAGAUUGUGGUCUGGGUACUCAAGCCAUUAAUGAGAUGAACAAUAUGGAUUACAAUGUUGAUUCUCCUGAAUCUGACAAUCUGGUUCCUAUUGGUACACCACCAGCUCAAAACGAAAAUGUAGGCACUCCAAAAAACUAUGCUGAUGCAGUUAGGAAUGGGCAGAAUAGUCAAGGAAAAUCUCCUGUACCAAUUAAAGAUGGGAAAACCAAGAAGGGUACUAUUAUUGAUGAUGGCAAUAGAAGAAGGAGUAACAGGAACACCAAUGAUGAUAAGGCUACCUUGGACAGGCAAUCGAUAUGGCAAGAUUAAGGAACACGGAGCUGCAGAAAGAAGGCUGACGCAAAAGAUCAAAUGAUGAGGGCUUUAGUUGUUCUGUGGAAGAUGGUGAUGGUUAUUUUGAGCAAAGCAUAUGGAUGGUCUUUGUGCAAGCGGCUGGAAGCUGGGUGAUGAACUUCUGUCAGGAACUUGUAAUGGUUGCAUUCUGAAGUUUUGUAGUCUCUAUGGUCUUUUCUCUGUAUUUUGGCUAUUCCAGAAGUACCUGGCAGCUGUUUUUUCUAAUCACUAUUGAACUGUGGGGAGGACCUGUACUAAACUGCAUGAUUUCUUAAUGAAAUCGGGAGCUUGCUCCUUAUUCCAAAAAAAA